CGAAGGGGGAGGAGCCAUCGGUCCCCUGCCUCAGUCUCCCCCUCCCGGCCGCGCUGGGUGGGGCGGGCUCGGGCUCGAGAUGACCCAGGAGCGGCCCAAGUUCUACCGGCAGGAGCUGAACAAGACCAUCUGGGAGGUGCCCGAGCGGUACCAGAACCUCUCGCCUGUGGGCUCGGGGGCUUAUGGCUCCGUCUGCUCUGCCUUUGACAACAAAACUGCCCAGCGAGUGGCUGUAAAGAAAUUGUCCAGACCAUUUCAGUCCAUCAUACAUGCCAAAAGGACCUACCGUGAACUGCGUCUGCUUAAACAUAUGAAACAUGAAAAUGUUAUUGGACUUCUGGAUGUAUUUACACCUGCAAAGUCACUAGAGGAAUUCAGUGAUGUAUACCUUGUAACCCAUCUUAUGGGAGCAGAUCUCAACAAUAUUGUGAAAUGUCAGAAGCUUACAGAUGAUCAUGUACAGUUUCUUAUCUAUCAAAUUCUUCGUGGUUUAAAGUAUAUCCAUUCAGCUGACAUUAUACACAGAGAUUUAAAACCUAGUAACCUAGCUGUGAAUGAGGACUGUGAACUAAAGAUUCUGGAUUUUGGGUUGGCUCGACACACAGAUGAUGAGAUGACGGGGUAUGUUGCAACCAGGUGGUACAGAGCUCCGGAGAUCAUGCUGAACUGGAUGCAUUACAAUCAAACAGUUGAUAUUUGGUCAGUUGGAUGUAUUAUGGCUGAGCUGUUGACUGGAAGAACACUGUUCCCUGGUACGGACCAUAUUGAUCAGUUGAAGCUCAUUUUGAGACUCGUUGGAACCCCAGGCCCUGAGCUUUUGAAGAAAAUCUCUUCAGAGUCUGCAAGAAACUACAUACAGUCCUUAUCUUACAUGCCGAAGAUGAAUUUUGAAAAUGUAUUUAUUGGUGCCAAUCCGCAGGCUGUGGACUUACUGGAGAAGAUGCUGGUGCUGGACACAGACAAACGAAUCACUGCUGCUGAAGCGCUUGCCCAUGCCUAUUUCGCUCAGUAUCAUGACCCCGAUGACGAGCCAGUUGCAGAUCCUUAUGACCAGUCCUUUGAAAGCAGAGAACUUGAUAUUGAGGAAUGGAAAAGCCUGACAUAUGAUGAAGUAGUUAGCUUUGUGCCACCACCGCUUGACCAAGAAGAGAUGGAGUCCUGAGAAUCUGUUUCUCUCUCUUUGUCCCAUAUCACUGUGAGGGGAAGGCCUUUUUCAUAGGGAUUCUCCAAAUAUCAUUCAAGUGCCUCUUGCCGUGAAGAUUCUCCUUGGUGGAGGGGUUUUGUGUGUGUGUUUGUGUAUUGAAUGGGGGAGGGGGGAUUUGGAGGAAAGUAUUUAUACAGUUACUAUGUAAUGCUGCAUGUUCUCUUGUAUUUUUGUAUACAGCCUGGGACAUGCUUCUGAAGGCCUGUUCAAUUGCUUUUUAGCCCGUAUGGUUGGUAACCAGCUUUCACUGCUCUGGGGCAAGGCAGAUAUUAUGCAGGGAAGCUGAGACCUCAAAUUCUCAGUCGCAAUUCUUGCCAUUAAAUGGCUGUCCUAUUAAGAAAAAAAGACUUAGAUAAUGGAAGUUGAACUGUUACUUGA